GGAGAUUUCUUUCAGCUCCCUCCCGUGAGACAGUCCAAACCUCUGUGCGUGUACGAUCCUACGCGGCUGGACCACUGGCGUGACGACUUCAAAAAGAUCACGCUCACCGCCAUCAUGAGGCAGAAAGACGAUGUCGCCUUUGCCGAACUGCUGAACCGACUCCGCGUCAAAGAAAAGUCAGAUGAACUGUCGGAAAUGGACAGAGCUCUCCUUGCCACGAGGUGGAUGGCCAUAACUCUGCGAUGCUGGAACUGCUUCAUAAGGACAUUGUGCAGAUUGACGCGGAUGACUACAAGAAAGACAAAGGAACUGGCAGAAUGGCAAGGCAAGCUUCCCCUGUGCAAGGCGCUAAGAAUGAGCUCCCGGACUCCAUCAAAGUUGCCCUGGGUGCUCGUGUUAUGAUCACACGGAACGUUGAUGUUCAAUCAGACUGGAGGAGAAGCUGAACAAGGCUGGAGUGACGCGCCGACAGUUUCCCAUCAAGCUUGCUUUUGCCUGCACGAUCCACAAGGUACAAGGCAUGACAACGUCACAGGCUGCAGUUUCGCUGAAAGGUGUUUUCGAACACGGCAUGGGGUACGUAGCUCUGAGUAGAGUGACUUCGCUCAGUGGUCUGCAUAUUCUGCAUAUGGAUGAGAGAAGGCUUCAUGCAAAUCCACAAAUCACUGCUGCUCUUGCUGAGAUGGCAGAGGAUUCUUUGGAGAGCGUCAUGCCCCUCCUUCACGUGAUGCCGUCGGUAGAUCGGGCAAAUCACCUGGUUGUCGUCCAUCAUAACACCGAAGGGCUGUCUUGUCACGUGCAAGAUAUCGUGUCUCAUCACGAACUGCUUUUCGCUGAUGUUUUGUGCUUCACAGAGACACACCUCCAAGGAUCAGUGGCCGAUGGACGUGCUUGCUUGGAAGGCUACACGAUGUUUUGCAGGAACCGAAGUGAUUCUUACACAAACUGUCCUGACUUGGCGACAAAACGUGGUGGCGGCGUAGGUAUUUGUGUCAAAAGUCACAUCGCGGCCCAGGAAAAGAAAUACGUUCAGGGUGUGACUGACAUUGAAUUUGUUGUGGUGAAACUUGAAGAUCCCCUCAAUGUGUUGAUUGCUGCCGUUUACAGGCCUCCAGGCAACAGUCUGCGCACUUUUCUGCCAAGCUUGGGAAAUCUCUUGCGGUACCUUGAAGUAAUGGAGCAUCAUCAGAUCUUGGUAUGUGGAGAUUUUAAUGAAGAUAUGCUAUCUGCCUCAUUCAAGCCCAUUCUUGAUUUGUUCCGCUCGAAAGGCUACACGCAACUCAUAGCCACUGCUACCACUGACAAAAACACAUUGCUUGACCUCAUUUUUGUCUCUCGACCUCAGUGUGCCCUUCAUUCAGGUGUCCUGCAAACGUACUACAGCUAUCACAAUCCUGUUUUCUGUGUUUUGACCAGUGAAAGGUUCCGUGCGAACAUACAACAGCUAUCACAAUCCUGUUUUCUGUGUUUUGACCAGUGAAAGGUAAGUCAAAUCUAUAUCAUGUUUUUCAGUAGUUGGAAAAACAACGAGGACAGACGUCGAAUGGCGUAAGUGUAUAAUAUUAGUGGUGGGAUGUGGUGGGUGAUUUGUUGACUAGAGAUGAAAUGGGAUCUGGGGCUCAGAAUGGUAAACGUAAUGUUGCCAUUAGCCUCACAAUUUCCACAUAGAAAAUAACUACCAACCCAUGUGGAUAGCGAUAGCUGGAAAAGCAGCUUUAUACUGAUAAUAUAAAUUGGUGGCAAUGAAAUCCACCCCUAUUUUGGACACUGAGGUUUGUGCAUGAUGCUAGCAAUAAACCUGUUGCCUGGCUGGCAUUACAAAUGGAGAAAACAUCGAAUUGGAAAAUACUUAUCGAUGGCAAAGGUUUGCUUGACGCGAGAAACAUGCUUCAGAGUGAGUGAAGGGGAGACGGAGAGGAGUGGCCUUUUUAACUUGGAUUCACUUUUAUCAUUUUUAAAUGGUCCCAGGCAAAUCAUAGAAGAGUGAUAAAUGGAAACAAACCGUGAGUAAAGCCUUACAUGAAACUGUCAUUAAAAAGUAUCAUGAGUAAAGGUGGUCAUACAUGUAAAGACAAGGACAGUUGAUGUAGCUGAACUCAUGUCUGUGGUGGUAAGUUGAGAUGGGCCUGUAUGUUGAGAUGGAAUGGGGGUUGUUGUGGACUCAAGUUCAGUUAAGGGAAGGCCAAGGCUUUUGAAAUUUUCUACAAGCCUUCCCUUAACUUGAUGUAACUUUUUAAAAUUUUUAACUUUUUAGACUUUUUAAU